AUGGCGGACUGGGGGCCGGUGCUGAUCGGAGUGGUGCUGUUCGUGCUGUUGCAACCGGGGUUGCUGUUCCAGAUACCAGGGCACAACAAACAGGUGGAGUUCGGGAGCAUGAAAACCAACGGCAAGGCCAUAGCCUUCCACACUCUUCUCUUCUUUGCACUCUACGCCAUCCUCAUCAUCGCCGUUCACGUCCACAUCUACACCGGCUGAUCUCUCUCUCUCUCUCUCUAGAGUUUUAGUAUCUUUGGGAUAGCGAACUUCCUUUUAAGAAAGCAUAGAUUACUGAAGCAGAUCUGAAGUACCUUUGUACAUUUUCUAUUAUCUUUCUUUCUUGCCGUUUUUGAUUACCUAAUUCUUGUUCUAGUUUGUGGCUUGUGUUGGAUUUUUGCUCUCAAUUAACUUGGUGCAUGAAUACCACGGCUAGUGUUGUUGGUUAA